CCACUACAGACCAAUGGCCACCUGCUCUCAGUGGCAACAGCGCCCCCUAGCCAUCAUUAAGGGUCAUCGUCACUUCGGCUAUGCGGGAGACGUUGCACCAGAUAAUGUGUCCAUUCAGCAGUACUAUGACCUGACCCCCAUGAAGAGGAGCUUCCUUCGUGCCACUGAUCAGCUCCUCCCCAAACCAACUGAAAUCAACAUGGCGGAGAGGAUGAUUAAGGUGUCAGUUCCUCGAGAGCACCCCUACCAGUCACACAUAUCCCACUACACGCUGUUCCCUGUCCCCAACACACACACACACAGCCCACUCCCACCGCCAACACCCCCACACUGUGUUGUGCUCAGCAAGACAAAAGGCUCUCCUUACCGUCAUGAAAUAGUGAUGGUUCCCAUGUCAACGGAAAGAAAACGCUUGUGCUGGCCGUGGCAAGAUCACACCCCUGAGUCUCCUGGUAUGGUGCGUCCAAACACACUUCAGCCCCACUGGAACAACUCCCACUAUAUGUCCACAUACCAGCAACAGUUUACAGGUGGUGCACCUGCUGGCCCCCUGAAACUGGACCGCCUCCCUGACAUCCCUGCUGUUGCUACGGUGAUGGGAGACCUGAGGCCGUAUGCAGUACAGAUGAGGGCGGCGUCCCCCCGGGUCCUAGUGCCCCCCAGACCCCCGUCUGGACGGAGCUCUCCGGGAGGCCACGCCCCUCUCAUCAGAGAACACGCCAGGACUCUUCAGCCAAUAAGCUCACAGGACAUGAACUGUACAGCCUAUGAGGACAUGGAUGGGAAGGCCCCGCCCACCUCAGCAUCCAAUAGCAGGGGAAGACUGGAGCUGAGGGAGGAGCUAAUGUUCACCACAGCAGACACUGGAGCAUACAGCAACACACUCCCACACACACUACACAGCCCCACACACACACUCCCACACACACUAUACACCCCCACACACACACUACACACUACCCCACACACACUGUCACACACACUAUACAGCCCCACACACACACUCCCACACACACUAUACACCCCCACACACACACUAAACACUCCCCCACACACACUGUCACACACACUACACACCCCCACAUACACACUCCCACACACUCUACACAGCCCAACACACACACUCCCACCCACUCUACACAGCCCAACACACACAUUCCCACCCACACUACACACUCCCACACACACUCUCCCACCCACACUACACACUCCCACACACACACUUUCACACACACUACACACCCCCACACACACACUUUCACACACACUACACACCCCCACACACACACUACACACACUCCCCCCGAUACACAGACUGAGACAGGAGAGGGGGGCCCUGUCAUGGUUGGAUCUGCAGAACUCCUUCAGUAGAACCGAAGCCCACCACCGGUUCCACCAGUCCAACCACUCGGAACCCGUCGACCUGCGUGAGAACAGCUGCUCUGGGCGCCGGCACACGUUCUACGGGGUCCACGCGUGCUGCCUCCACUGACACGGAACCGGCACACGUUCUACGGGGUCCACGCGUGCUGCCUCCACUGACACGGAACCGGCCUCCCACCGUCUGGGCCAAGCACCUGGAGUUCCCACGUGUCACAUGUCUAGAACCUGGCAGAACUUUAUCACACGUCACACACACACACACACACACACACACA